AUGCGCUUCUCUCCAUUCCUGUCAAACAUCAUCUUUACAUUCUCAAACAUUACCCGUGUGAGACCUCCACUGACCUCACACUUGGCCUAUCGACCUAUUCCUCUUCGAUCUAUGUCUGGAAUUCCCAUCUUGGGCGCUUUAUUUGGCACUUCAUCUAGCAACAAGUCCAACAUGUCUUAUCCUGACCAGCGUUCAAGCGACGAGUGGCGUGCUGUCCUCAACAAGGAGCAAUUCCGUAUUCUCCGUGAGAAGGGUACCGAGCCUCCCGGUUCAGGAAAGUUCGAUAAGCACUACCCCGACGAAGGCGUCUACACUUGCGCAGGCUGUGAUACGCCUCUCUACAAGGCUACUCACAAGUUCAAGUCUGGCUGUGGCUGGCCAGCUUACUUUGACAGCAUCCCCGGUGCAGUUGAGCGUCACGAGGAUCGCGCCUUCGGUAUGGCACGAACUGAGAUUGUGUGCUCCAACUGCGGCGGCCAUCUAGGUCAUGUGUUCAAGGGCGAGGGCUUUGACACGCCCACUGAUGAACGUCAUUGUGUAAACAGCGUCAGUCUUAGCUUCUCUCCCAAUGACAAGGUUGUGAAGGACAAGCCUGAAAGCAAGGCUUGA